UCAGCUACCCGUCUUCCUCGAUUUGGGGCGCCGUGUGACAUGCCCGAAUCUUUACAACCAAAUUUAUCGGAGAACCGCGAUCCUUGAAGAAUUUUCGAAAUAGUUUUUCAAAUUUCAAUUCUGGCGUGGGUUAAUCUCCCGCAAUCAGUCACUCUAAGCUUCGAACUGUGUCGAUCACGCUGAGAAAAUAGUGCAGAAAUUGUUCGAAAAUGGCGGGUCUUGAGGAACUAAAGAAGAAGCUUACUCCCUUGUUUGACGCUGAAAAGGGGCUUUCUAUGGAUUCCACUGUGGACCCUUCUGAUUCCUAUACGUUUUCAGAUACUGGGACUGUGAAUCUGCUGAGCCGAUCGUAUGGGGUUUACAAUAUUAAUGAGCUAGGGUUACAAAAAUGCACAUCUAGUGAGAGGACGUAUCGAUGUGCUUCCCAUGAAAUGAGAAUAUUUGGAGCCAUUGGUAGUGGUGCUAGCAGUGUUGUUCAGAGAGCUAUCCACAUUCCUGCUCAUCGAAUCAUGGCAUUGAAGAAGAUCAAUAUCUUUGAAAAGCAGCAGCUUCUUACCGAGAUAAGGACAUUAUGUGAAGCCCCAUGUUCGGAGGGUCUGGUGGAAUUUCAUGGUGCGUUUUAUACCCCUGACUCUGGCCAAAUAAGCAUAGCUUUGGAGUACAUGGAUGGAGGGUCGUUAGCAGAUGUCCUGCGUUUGAAGAAAUGUAUACCUGAGCCUGUCCUUUCGUCUAUGUUUCAAAAACUUCUUCAUGGACUAAAUUACCUACAUGGAGUAAGACAUUUGGUUCACAGAGAUAUAAAGCCAGCUAAUUUACUCGUAAAUCUAAAGGGUGAAGCAAAAAUUACAGAUUUUGGCAUAAGUGCUGGCUUAGAGAAUUCAAUGGCAAUGUGUGCUACUUUUGUUGGAACUGUCACAUACAUGUCACCCGAGCGAAUUCGAAAUGAGAACUAUUCUUAUCCAGCUGAUAUUUGGAGCCUUGGGCUUGCACUCUUUGAGUGUGGUACUGGUGAAUUUCCAUAUUCAGCUACUGAAGGCCUAGUGAAUCUUAUGUUGCAGAUUUUGGAUGACCCAUCUCCGUCGCCAUCAAAACAGAAAUUUUCACCAGAGUUUUGUUCAUUCGUCGAUGCCUGCUUGCAGAAAGAUGCAGAUGCUAGGCCAACGGCAGAGCAGCUGCUUUCACACCCAUUUAUCAAGAAAUAUGAGGAUGAACAAGUAGACUUGGCAGCAUUUGUACAGAGUGUGUUUGAUCCAAUACAGAGGAUGAAGGACUUGGCAGAUAUGUUGACAAUUCAUUAUUACUUGCUUUUUGAUGGACCUGAUGAAUUCUGGCACCAUUCAAAAGCUUUGUACAAUGAAAGCUCAACUUUGAGUUUUUCAGGGAAGCAAUUUUCUGGUCCAAAUGACAUCUUUUCCACUCUAUCAGACAUUCGAAAUACAUUAGCCGGGGACUGGCCUCUCGAAAAACUAGUUCAUGUCGUUGAAAAACUCCAAUGUCGAGCUCACGGUCGAGAUGGAAUCGCCAUAAGGGUGUCAGGAUCCUUCAUCAUCGGUAACCAGUUCCUCAUAUGUGGAGACGGAGUACAAGUCGAGGGACUGCCAAAUUUCAAGGAUCUCUCCAUCGACGUUUCGAGUAAAAGAAUGGGAUCCUUCCGGGAGCAGUUCAUCAUCGAACCGAGCAACCUCAUCGGUCGAUACUACAUAGCCAAACAAGAGCUUUAUAUAAUUCAAUAAGAGCAAUGCAACUGCUGUUUGAUCAUGAUGUUUGUGCAACAUUUUGUGAAUCUGCAAUAAAAUGGAUCCAUCUCAUAUGUAAUUUUACUAGCUAGAUUAUCUAUCGAAGCUACUCGAUCGGCAUAAUUUAGUAGGCAUGGCGUUGCUACCAUUUCUUACGCCAGAUCGAGUCAUCUUCAAAGCUCAAGAAGGCAUUUUGAGGCCUCUCUUAUAGUGAGAAUAUAAUCUAGCUUUUAGCUAUCAAUGUAUGUUUUCUUAGUUAUAAAUGUAAAUUAUAUUACUCUUUUUUUUUUCUUUUUGCUAUUUUAUCAAAUCUUUCAUCAUUUCUACA